AUGCUCGCCCUCGUGUCCAGCGCCGUCGCGCAGGUCGCGUCGCCGGUCUCGGCCGCGGCAGUGGCAACCUGGAAAGCGCCCCGGGGCGGCAAGACCGACGGGUACUGCGUCACUGCGCACGGCGAGUACGGCAUUUACACAGAAAAGUGGGACGUCACGGAGCAACAAUGCCAAGGGCUCUGCGCGCAGAGCGCCAAGUGCAAGGCCUACGAGCUGUCGACCAUCAAGCCGAUCGCAUCUCUGGGCGCCGUCACGCGCUGUGAGCUGCACGAGUCGGAGAUCCACCACACAGUGCCCUCGCCGGUCGGGGUCCCGUCGGUCUCGCCGUCCGGAAGCACGCACACAUGUCGACGGCCUGCACGGCAGGACUUCAGCGGCAUGGACUUCAGCAGGAUGACCAUCGAGAAGGUCGACCUCAGCGGCACCAAGCUGAUCGGAGCCAACUUCGCCGGCGCUAAGUUCUCCGAGGCGAUGGCCGUGGGAGCAAGCGCGCGCGCGCCCAACUCCAGCGACCUUACGACGGCCGACUUCUCGUCGUCCGUCUUCAAGAACGUGAGCCUCCGGGAGGCCAAGGCGGCCGACGCCAAGUUCACGGGCGCAAACAUGGCCGGAUUCAAGACCGACAACGUCCCCGAGAUGAUGCGAACCAACUUCGACGGCGCCUACCUCGCCGGAGCGACCCUGGCCGGCACUGCGUUCGAGGGCGCCUCCUUCAAGGGGGCGGACCUCACCGGCUGCACCGCCACGGCGACCGACUUCUCGGGCGCGGACUUCCUCGGCGCGGUCUUCAAGGGAGUUGCGUUUGACGGCUGCAAGCUCUUCGGCGCCGACUUCUCCGGCCUGACGCUCAACAUGGUCACGUUCGAGGCGGCGAACCUCACCCGCGCCUCCUUCCAGACCGCAAAGGCGGUCGAGGGCGCCUUCGCCUCCGUCAUCGCCCCGCGAGUCGACUUCUCAGGCUGCGACCUCACCCGCGCCGACUUCUCGAUGUCGACGCUCAACGAGAGCAACUUCAUGGGCGCCACAAUCACCGAGGCGUCCUUCCUGGAGUCAACCGUGCACAACGCCCUCUUCACCGACUCGGUUGGCGUCAACACCGCCGACUUUACGGGGAUCAAGGGCACCGGCAUCGGGGUGCCGGCCCCGGUCUGA